AUGAUCCCAGCAGGUGUAGAGCAAUCUAAUCCAGCUGAAGGCUUCAUCACGCAUCACUUGCUGUAUUGUCGUGUUGGCAUUGGCUUUCAUUUGCAGAUCCCAAUGAAUGGCAGUGUGUGUGGUGUCCAUGAGCCUUCUGAAUACAGUUUGCUGAAAGUGUUCGCUGUGAGGCCUGGUGUAGUGGGUAUGCGUGGUGUGAAGAGUCAGCUGUAUUUGUGCAUGAGUCAGGAAGGAAUUGCUCAUGGAAUGAAGACGUUCUCCAAUGAAUGUCUGUUUAAAGAGCAAAUGGAAGAAAACCAUUAUAAUACAUACUCCUCUGUGAAACACACAGGCUUUUUCCUGGCUUUGUCAAAGCGAGGCCAGCUACGGAAAGGUUACAGAGUUGGCCGUAAUCAGGCCUGCACACACUUCCUUCUCAAAAAACGUGGAUCACACUGA